AGACUGAAGAGCGGAGGAGGAAUGAAGACAAGCCUCUGCACGAAGAGCUGGAGGAACUGAACUCAGAGAGGAAAUAAACCAGGACUAAACCAAGACUAAACCAGGACUAAACUAACACUAAUCCAGAACUAAUCCAGCACUGAAACAGGACUAAACCAGAACUAAACCAGAACUGAACCAGGGCUAAACCAAGACUAAACCAGGACUAAUCCAGGACAGAACCAAGACUGAACCAGGUUGGAAAUGGAUCUAAACCAGGACUGAAGAGUUGCAUCUGGACUUUCUGCAGAAGGAUUUCCUCAGGAUUUUAAACUUAAAUGCAUAUUUACUUUUAUGGGUUAAAUUUUGGAGUUUGUGGGGAGCAGGAUGUUUCCCAUGAAUCUGAGAUUCCAUGGAUGUCUCUCGGCUCAAAAUGAGUCUAAAUCUUGAAUGAUUUCCUGUUUUUUACACAAAGUGCUAUAAAAUGCCCAAGGACAGAGGUCUGUUCCUCACAGACUUAAAAUGAGGAGACACAUUUAUCACCAAAACAAACCAUUCUUAAAUGAGCGGAACUGUGGCUUCAACAUAACCACAGUGCACAAAACCAGGACUAAAGCAGGACUAAACCAGGAUUAAACCAGGACUAAACCAGGACUAAACCAGGAUUAAACCAGGACUAAACCAGGACUAAACCAGGAUUAAACCAGGACUGAACCAGGACUAAACCAGGAUUAAACCCGGACUGAACCAGGACUAAACCAGGAGUAAACUAGGACUAAACCAGGAUUAAACCAGGACUGAACCAGGACUAAACCAGGACUAAACUAGGAUUAAACCAGGACUGAACCUGGUUAAAACCACUGCUGCUGAACCAAACCGCCUCUGUCCUCACUGGAAUAAAUAAUUAUUGAUUAUUUUAUCAAGAUUUUUCUUCUCUCAUCAGACUAAACCAAUUCCAAACCAGGACUAAACUCAGGUUGAAACCAGGUUUAAACCAGGACUAAACCAGAUCUAAACCACGACUAAACUAGGACUAAAUCAGGUCUUAACCAGGACUAAACCAGGACUAAACAAGGUCAAAACCAGGACUAAAUAAAGACUAAAUCAAGACUAAACCAGGACAAAACUGGGACCAAAUUUCUGGAUCCGCACUGGAAUUUCAUAGAAGAUUUUUAUAUUUUGUGUCAGCUCAUUUUGAUUUUUCCCAAAUGCACACAUUUUUAAAAAAUUUUAUUUUGAUUUUUGACAUUUGUACUGGACAGAUCUUGUUUUUUGGAUAGCACAUAUUUCCUUCUGUGCUCCGACAUGGUGACCCCAGCCUCGGCUCGUGUCUCCCCCGCUCCCCUCACCUCGCUUGGGCUGCGUGUGGGCGACAGUCCCUGUGGAGGCUCCAGGGGCCGCGCUCUGCUCCGCUGGCUGAGAUCGAGGCUCCUUUCUCGGGGAGGCUCUCUGCUCUUCGCCCUGCUCUGGUUCGGAUCCUGGUUGGUCUUGAACGGUGUAGUCCUGGUCCACAGAAGGAUCACGUCUGAUUUCUGCUCCGAUGAACACAGCCGAGAGAUUCUACACAACCUGUGCAUGGACUUCUCCUCAGGGCUGGUCUCUGGGGACGUGUGUUUGGACCUGUGUGUUCGGCAGACGCUCCAGUAUCAGCGUUGUCUUUAUUAUGAGAACGGGAAGAAGGUUCUGGAGGCUCGAUGGAGGAACCGCCCUGUGAUCCUCAAGUCCAAACACGAGAACUUCACCUCCUAUGAGCCGCUGUCCGCUUUGCAGGACCAGAACGCAGCAGAAGAACUUUCUCCUCUAGACGUGGUUUACUAUGCAACUCUGGAGGUCCGGAGCUCCUUGGGGCUGCUGGAGGAGGAGGAGGAGGAUCUUGGAGAUAGUGCUUUAAGUAAUGGUUCUUUGUGGAGAGUUUGGGACCAGAGGGCAGAUCGUAACCGGACUUACUCCAGAGCAGACCUGUCGUCUCUCUGGGCUCUUCUGCAGCAGGAGGAGUACACGUUUCUACGGUUGCUCCAGGACCUGACCCCUCACGUAGCUCGAGUCCUGGGCUCCUGUGGCCACUUCUAUGCAGUGGAGUUCCUGUCUGCGGGACACGCCUGGGACCAAAACCUCUUCUCAUUGGCCGACCAGCCUCAGCCCGCACUCCCAUUAGCCCGUAACAGUGGGCGGGACCACAGGAAGCCGCUCCCUUUGGCACGUGGGGGAGGACGGGACCAUCGGAUCGCGCUCAGCUUUCUGGAUCUGGUCUGGCACUUUGAACACGACUUCAGACACACUCUGCACCUGUGCGACGUCAAACCAGAGAACUUCGGCAUCAGAGAAGAUCUGACGGUCGUGGCUCUGGAUGUGGACAUGGCGUUCUUUGAGCCCAAGCUUCAGGAGCUUCUUGAGCAGAACUGUAGCUCAGAUGAAGACUGCUCCUUCUUCGACUGCUGGUCCCGAUGUGACCUCCACACGCUGCGGUGCGCCCCCCACAGGAGCAACAGCAACCUGCAGUGUUUUGUGUUUCAGGCGAUCUGUGAGAAGAUCUUCAGGCCCUGGUUCUCUCCAUCUCUGCUCGGGGCCAAAGCAGGACACCCCCUGCAGGUGGAGCUGCAGAGAGCUGUACAGGAGUGCUCCGAGACCCACUCUGCCCCAGACCAGAGACCAGACCAGAGACCAGACCAGAGACCAGACCAGAGACCAGACCAGAGACCAGACCAGAGACUGGGUCCAGACCAAAGACCAGCAGGCAGCAGAGAUGUGCACCAGCGCCACGUGCACCAGCGCCUCGUGCACGCUCUUACACGUCUCGUGGAAGAGGGCGGAGCUUCAGCUGAGCAUGGGGGUGGGACUUGGGAGGAAAGCCAUGCCCACACCGCUCUGAACUUUUGAAAAUAUAUUAAAGGAAUAAACCAGGACCAGACCUGAGCCUGAUCCCAUCCAGGAGCACCUGGCUGGAGCCAGGAUCAGGGACCUUGUUGCUGUUGAAGAUGUUAACCACUCUGCCACAUCAGCUGCGACGGAAACUCGACUGAAUGUAAAGGUUUAAAUGAAUCAAAUGGAUUUGUAUAAAAAUGUAUUUUGUAAAAAACUGAAAAAACAGAAAGUUGAACUCUGUUGACUGGACAUAUCCUUGGCGAAGGACACUCUGGACGACUGAGGGAUUACACAGAUAUUUUGUAAAAACUGCCUCAAAUGUUUUGGUCCAAACUGGAAAAAUAAACAGGUUUUAGUUUUU